AUGGCGGUCUGGCGUGAAGCUUUUGCCCUGUCAGCGGCCGAGGUGGACGAGCGGGUGCCGCCAGGGACGGUUAGGAUCCUGGAGCACACAGCCAACCAUGACAGCCACUUCGUCAAAUUCCCCAAACCCUCCAGCAGCCCCCGGGAUCCGCUCAACUUGCCCUUCUGGCGCAGGACGGCGGCGCUGCUCGUCGCCUCCCUCUAUGCGUUCGUCGCCAACUACACCUCCUCCGUCAUCGCCCCGGUGCUCCAGCUCUGGCCGAAAGUCUAUCCGCAAGACCCGAGACCCUUCUCCGAGUUGUCCUACAUUAUCGCGGUCCACGUCCUCCUCCUAGGCGGGGCCAACAUUUGGUGGGUGCCGCUGUCCAACUGGACGGGGCGCCGGCCCGUGCUGCUCGUCGCCACGCUGCUCAUGACGCUGUGCUCGGUGUGGUGUGCCAGGGCCGAGUCGUUUGGCUCGCUCCUUGCGGCGCGGAUCCUGCAGGGCGCCGGGGGCGGGGCGGCCGAUACGGUCGCGCCCGCGCUGAUUGGGGAUUUGUUUUUUAUUCACGAGCGGGGGAGGGCUAUGGCAGUGUAUACCAUCUUUCUGUGCGGUGGUUCGCUGUUUGGUGGUUUGACGGGGGGCUACAUCGGAUACAGCCACGGAUGGAUCAGCGUGUUCUGGGUCAGUACGGCGUUGUCGGCAUUCGUGUUUCUCGGUGUGGUUUUCCUCAUUCCGGAGACGCUGUUUGACAGAGUCCCGGGGGAUGAUGCCAGCCCCUCUUCUGCCUAUAUCGACUCCAAGGCACCAGAAACCAAGGAGAUCGAAACGGUUCAGACGCAAGUACCCCAGACCCACACGCACCUCACGUUUGCCCAGUCGCUGAGCAUCAACCUUGGGAGACACGACAUGGCUCGCGGGGGCCUGCUGCACUACCUCGUGCAGCCCUGGCGCACCCUGGCCUUGCCCGGCACCUGGGUGGUCAUGCUGCACUACGCCGGCCUUGUCGGCGGCGUGGUGACCGUGUCACUCAUCGGCCCGCAGAUCGUCGCCAUGCCCCCUUACCUUUGGGGUGCCAACGCCGGGUUGAUCAACGUCGGCGGCAUCGUUGGUUGUGUUGUCGGGUACCUGUACACGUACCUCCUGGCGGACAGGCAGCUGAAGAGCCGGGCCAAGCAUCAACGACGGGGAAUGGCCGAGGCCGAGGACCGGCUGCCGACGCUGUUCUUCCCGCUUGUGGUCGCGACGUUGGGCUUCUUUAUGUUUGGUUUCUGCGCUCAGUAUCCAGGACCGGAUCGCUGGGUUGGGCUUCAGGUUGGGUUUGGAAUGAUUUCGUUUGGGCUGACGCAGGUGCCGUCAGUGGGAUUCAACUAUCUGAUCGAUGCCUACGGCCACUUGGCGGCCGACUGUUUCACCAUGGUAACCAUCCUCCGCGCCGUCAUCGCCUUCGCCUGGACCUUCUUCGUCGCCACUUGGGUCCAUGACAGAGGGGCGGCCGAGGCUUUCAAAAUCUUCGGCAUGUUGAUGGGUCUUUUUGGCUUGGCCACUGUGCCUCUGUGGAUAUUUGGCAAGCGGAUGAGGAUUGCAACUAAGGGGCUAGUGGCCCGCCAGGGGUGAGACGAGCCCCUGUCUGGAGAGAAAUUCGUAACUCUCCCU